AUUUCUCAUAUAUGUCUGCUGCUAUUUUGAACACGUUUCAUUCCGAUUUUGUGAAAUUAAAAAUCACUUGCUGCCGAUUCAUUUACAUUUUCUGUAGUUUUCGUAACAAUUUCGAUACACAAUGAGCGAUUCUAUCGAAAAAGAAUGGCAAAAUGUCGCCAAAUUGGAACAAGGCAUUCAAACUCUUGAACAAAAUAUCCAAGCACUAUCAAAUGAAAAUAUUGAAUCAGUAGAUGAUGAUGAAUUAAAUGAACUCAUCGUUGAAAAUAAGAAACUCCAGCAUCGAUUGGCUGUUUUGAAUAAGGCCAUUUCAAACGAACGCCAAAAAUCGUUGAAACCAGUUGAUUUGGAUAACAUUGAUUCGCCCAUUUCAGUCGUCCAUCAUUUAACACAAAUUUUCAGUGUGGCAAUUGCCGCUGCUUUUCCUGAGCUACCAAAUCCACCAAAAGCCAUUGUUGUCAUGAGCACUAAUGCAAGAUUCAAUGAUUAUCAAUGCAAUUCAGCUAUGCCAUUGGCUGGCUUAUUGAAACCUAUUUAUGUAGCCAAAGGAAGCAAACCACCUUCACCACGAGAUAUUGCAUUGAAAAUGUUAGAAAAUCUCCCGGUCACACCAAUCAUUGGGCAAAUGAAUGCCAAUGGUCCCGGCUUCAUCAAUAUUUUUCUGAGCAAAACGUAUCCAGAAAAACUACUUUCAUCGAUCUUAUUGAAUGGUAUUAAGCCACCAAAAUAUCCAUUGAAGAAAGUUGUCGUUGAUUUUUCAUCGCCAAAUAUUGCCAAGGAAAUGCAUGUCGGCCACUUACGUUCAACAAUUAUUGGGGAAUCGAUUUGCCGAUUGUUGGAAUUUAUCGGUCAUGAUGUUUUACGCCUGAAUCACGUUGGUGAUUGGGGUACACAGUUUGGCAUGUUGAUCGCACAUCUUGAAGACAAAUUUCCAAACUUCUCUCAAGUUUCGCCACCAAUAUCUGAUCUUCAAGCAUUCUACAAAGAAUCGAAAGCACGUUUUGAUUCAGACGAAGAAUUCAAAAAACGGGCAUACAAUGCAGUGGUAAAACUGCAGAAUGGUGAUGCAAUUACAGUCAAAGCAUGGUCAUUGAUCACCGACGUAUCCCGCAAAUCAAAUCAAAAGUUAUAUGACCGUUUAAAUGUAACAUUGAUCGAACGUGGCGAAUCAUUCUAUCAAUCGCGAAUGGAAAAAAUUGUCAAAGAAUUAGAAGCAUCUGGUUUGAUGGAGGAAGAUGAAGGUCGCAAAAUUAUGUGGGGACUUGUUGAUCAUAAUGAAAACGACAUACCUUUGACUUUAGUUAAAAGCGAUGGUGGUUUUACAUACGAUACCUCAGAUUUGGCAACAAUCAAACAGCGAAUUGAAGAAGAAAAAGCCGAUUGGGUUAUUUAUGUGGUAGAUUCUGGACAAGCUGCACAUUUCAAAACAUUUUUCCAAUGCGCAGAGCGAUUGGGAAUUACUAAUCCCGGUUUACAUCGCAUUGAUCAUGUCGGUUUUGGCGUCGUUCUCGGCGAAGAUGGAAAAAAAUUCAAAACGCGCUCAGGUGAUACCGUUCGAUUGUCUGAUUUGCUCGACGAAGGUUUAUCUCGUGCAAUGGAUAAGCUGAAAGAGAAAGAACGUGAAAAAGUCAUGACACCAGAAGAAUUAAAACAAGCCCAAGAAUCCAUUGCUUAUGGAUGUAUUAAAUAUGCUGACUUAUCUCAUAAUCGCAUCAACGAAUAUCUAUUCUCAUUCGAUCGUAUGCUUGAAGACAAAGGCAAUACAGCUGUCUAUUUGUUGUAUGCAUUUGCUCGUAUUAAGUCAAUUGCACGAAACUGUGGCUGUGAUUAUGCAAACAAUAUCAAGGAAGUAGCCCGAAAAAAUCGAAUCAAACUUGAGCACGAAAAAGAGUUAAAAUUGGGAAAUAUUUUAAUUAAGUAUCCUGAUAUCAUUGAUCGGUUAUUAAAAGACCUUUCUUUGCACUAUUUGUGCGAAUAUGUUUAUGAAAUCUGUACCACUUUCAGCGAAUUCUACGAUUCAUGUUACUGUAUUCAAAAGAACAAAGCUGGCGAAAUCGUGCAAAUCAAUGCCAGUCGUGUUCUUUUGGCUGAAUGCACAGCUCAAUUGCUUGAAAAAUUCUUCUGGAUUUUGGGCUUGGAACCAGUUCCAAAAAUCUAAACACAUUACAUUUUUUAUUUAAAAAAAAACUAUAUGUAUUUAAUAAUAGAAUAAACACAUUUUUGAAAUGAAUUA